AUGGAAAUCGCGUGUAUCACGAUGGAAUAUAAUUUAGUGCACCGAAAUUUUAAAUUUAUGAUAGUGGAUCCUAGACAUGAGACUGCAUUGACGUUUGAAUAUUUAUAUGGCAUAUUUUGUGACAUAGAAGGUUUAUUACAAAGAUCAAAUACCGUUCAAUCAACAGAAUUAAGACAAAUUACAUUUGAUCAAAACAAAUAUAUAUGUGGCGUUGAAAUAAUUUUAAAUUUAGCACCAAAUAAUCUUAGUAUAACAUUUUUUGAAUUUCUUGCAUUUGAUCGUGAUUAUAAAUUAUAUGAUUAUGAAGCACAAGUAAGAAAUAAUGGACUUACAUUUAAUGACCCACCACAAACAAAUGUUCCAUUAAUUGGAGAACUAUGUCAAGCUGUUCAGCAAAUAUGCGAAGGUAGUAAUCAACAGUAUUCAAGCCUCGAAGAUUGUAUUAAUUUUAUGACUAACCAAAUACCAUUUGGUACAUUCGAUCAGGGUGAUCAAAACAGUGUUGUUUGUCGAACAAUUCAUAUUAAGUUAGCCUCAAUAUCGCCAGAUAUACAUUGUCCUCAUGUGGGAAAAACAGGAGGUGGAGCAUGUACAAAUAAAACAUCACAAUCCUACUAUCAAGAUGAUAAUUUUACGAAAUGCGCACAUAAACGAAAUAAAAAUUGGUAA